CUGACAAAAAUCAUCAGUUCCGCCUGGAAGAACACCGCCGAAAUGGAACUAGAAUCCGGCAGAGGAGAAAUAGGUGGAGGCAGAUCCGGUGAUCUCCGCCGGUGGAUUCUGACGGUAACACUAGUGUUCGUCGCUAUAGCAGUCCCUUGCUUCGUCCUCAACAAUACUGCCUAUCCUUUCCUUCUUCUCCGUGACUCCUCCUCCAAGGAAAAUAAAGAAGGGAAAUUGGAAAAAGUUCUGAAGGAAACUGCCAUGGAAGACAAUACUGUGAUCAUAACGACGAUAAAUGAAGCAUGGGCAAGUCCAGGUUCAAUAUUUGAUCUCUUUCUUGAAAGCUUUCAGAUUGGGAACCAAACUCGCCACCUUUUAGACCAUUUGCUUGUGGUUGCUCUGGACCAGAAGGCUUACAAUCGUUGCUUGGCUGUACACCCUCAUUGCUUUGCUCUUACCACGAAAGGUUUAGAUUUCUCCGGCGGAGAAAAGUAUUUCAUGUCUCCCGAUUACUUGAAGAUGAUGUGGAGAAGGAUUCUUUUCCUACGCUCUGUUCUUCAGCUUGGUUACAACUUUGUUUUUACGGAUGCUGAUAUAAUGUGGUUCAGAGACCCUUUCCCAAGACUUUAUAAAGAUGCAGAUUUCCAGAUUUCAUGUGAUCGAUUCAAUGGCAACUCCUCGGAUUCAGAAAACUACCCCAAUGGAGGAUUUACUUAUGUGAAAUCGAAUAUAAAGACCAUGAAGUUCUACAAGUUCUGGUACCUCUCGAGAAAGACAAAUCCGGGUCUUCAUGAUCAAGAUGUAUUCAACAAGAUCAAGCAUCAUGCUUUCAUCACUAUAAUUGGGUUGAAGAUGAGGUUCUUGAGCACUACUUACUUUGGUGGAUUUUGUGAGACUAGCAAGGAUUUAAACCAAGUCUGCACCAUGCAUGCAAAUUGCUGUGCUGGUUUGGACAGAAAAAUUCAUGAUCUCAAGCUUAUGCUAGAAGAUUGGAGAGGAUAUAUGGCGCUGCCAGUGGAUGUGAAGAGAUCUAAGCCAUCAUCUUGGAGGGUGCCACAAGUUUGCCUGGAAACUUUCCAUAAACCACCCCUCAAAAGGGAUGUUCAGAAAGGGAAGAAUGGUUGA